UGUAGGAAACCAAUAGCGCGUCUUCACUGGAGAGAGUGAGAGACAACACACGGCGAGAGGAGGAGAGAGACGGUCAGAGCAGACGGGAUGAAGCAGGAGCACACGGGCUGUUUCCCCCGGUAAACAAGCGGAGCACGAGCAGGGGGGGAUUUCGGGGACACAGCCAUGGCGACGGGAGGAGGAGGAGUGAGGCGGAGGAGGAAAACGGGGCUCCCGGGAUUCUGCUGGAAAACCUGCUACUUUCCCAUUUUGUUCUGGGUCGUUUCCGUGUGCGGAGAGGAGAAGACGUUCAUUGUGGAGACGUGGCUGAAGAACUACGGCUACCUGCUGCCUCACGACGUCCGCACGUCAGACCUGCGGCAGGAGAAAGCCAUGCAGUCCGCCGUGGCCGCCAUGCAGCGCUUCUACGGCAUUCCUGUGACGGGAAUACUGGACGAGACGACUAUAGAGUGGAUGAGGAGACCUCGCUGUGGCGUCCCAGAUCAUCCUCACACCAGCCGCCGGCAAAGGAAUAAACGCUACGCCCUGACGGGACAGAAGUGGAGAGAUAAAAAGAUCUCCUACAGCAUAUCUAACUUCACCCCUAAAGUGGGGGAGAAGGACACCCAGAGAGCGAUCCGACAAGCCUUCAAUGUGUGGCAGACGGUCACUCCGCUCUCCUUCCAGGAGGUGCCGUACUCAGAGAUCAAGACCGAGCGAAAGGAGGCAGACAUCAUGAUCUUCUUCGCCUCUGGUUUCCAUGGUGACAGCUCUCCGUUCGACGGAGAGGGGGGUUUCCUAGCCCACGCCUAUUUCCCCGGCGCUGGCAUCGGCGGUGACACACACUUUGACUCUGACGAGCCCUGGACGCUGGGCAACGCCAACCAUGACGGAAACGAUCUGUUCCUGGUGGCGGUUCACGAGUUGGGUCAUGCGUUGGGUUUGGAGCACUCCAACGAUCCCAGCGCCAUCAUGGCUCCUUUCUACCAGUACAUGGACACGCACAACUUCAAACUGCCUCUGGACGACCUGCAGGGCAUUCAGAAGAUCUACGGUAUCCCCACAGCCAUGCUGGAACCCACCAGGCCGUUGCCCACCUUACCUUCUCGACGGACACACUCCACCUCCGAGCGCAAGCACGACCGCCACUCCCGUCCGGCACGUCCGCCCGGUGACCGGCCCGCGCUGCCCGGGAACGGCAAACCAAACAUUUGUGACGGCAACUUCAACACUGUGGCCUUCUUCAGACGGGAGAUGUUUGUCUUCAAGGACCGGUGGUUUUGGCGUCUGAGGAACAACAAGGUGCAGGAGGGUUAUCCCAUGCAGAUCGAUCAGUUCUGGAAAGGCCUUCCGCCUCGCAUCGACGCCGCCUACGAGAGAUCAGAUGGAAAAUUUGUCUUCUUCAAAGGUGAUAAGUACUGGGUGUUUAAGGAAGUGACGGCCGAGCCCGGUUACCCCCACAGCCUGGUGGAGCUGGGCAGCUGCCUCCCCAAAGACGGCAUCGACACGGCGCUGCGCUGGGAGCCGGUCGGGAAAACCUACUUCUUCAAAGGGGAUCAGUACUGGCGCUACAAUGAGGAGAAGCGCACCGCGGACCCGGGAUACCCCAAACCCAUCGCCGUGUGGAAGGGAAUACCGGACGCACCGCAGGGAGCCUUCAUCAGCAGGGAGGGAUACUACACCUACUUCUACAAGGGGAAAGAGUACUGGAAGUUUGACAACCAGAAGCUGACGGUGGAGCCCGGCUAUCCAAAGUCCAUCUUGCGCGACUGGAUGGGCUGCGACCAGUCCGAGAUGGAGCGCUCCGGCGGCACCGGUAACCGAGGUGACCGGCAGCUGCCACUCGACGACGUGGACAUUAUGGUUACCAUCAACGACGUCCCGACGACAGUCAACGCCAUCGCCGUGGUGAUCCCUUGCAUCCUGUCGCUGUGCAUCCUGGUGCUGGUGUACACGAUUUUCCAGUUUAAGAACAAAGGAGUGCAGCAGAACACCAUGACACAGCACUACUACAAAUACCCUGUUCAGGAGUGGGUAUGACAGGCGUCUGUCCUUUUGAAGAGGUCAAAGUUCAUGGAUUGAGUGGUCAUCAUGUUGUUAGCUAGCUAAUGUUGGCUAAUGGCCAAGAACACAUUGCACAGGACAAUGGAAAGUCAAUGCUGAAAGACGCUAAUUGGCUAGCUAGGGACUCGUGCCUGUGUCGUGACACAAGCACUUCAGUGUAAAACAGGAAGAUUAGCAACUUUGUCAGGAUGCUGAAAACAAACAGAACAAGUCCACAAAUACUCCAGGAGGAUCUGAUUGGCUGAGGAAACAUAAACAGCAGAUUUGUCAGUCUUGCUCACCUGGCUUGCCCACGACUUCUCUGGCCGAGUGAGAUGUGGUCUCAUGAGCUGAUGAUACUGAACUUUGACUACUUCUUCUACAACACACACAACUCUCCUUCUCAGUGAAAAUAAAAAGAAAGAGGAAGAGGAGCAGAAUAAGAUCCUCUAAGCCAGACAACCACUUCCAAGUCUGUUCUAACAACAGCUUGUACACGUGAACUACUUCAACUAUCGAGUCAGAUGAAAUUUAAUGAAAAAAAAAAAUGAAAAAAAGAAACAGUUUAAAAAUAUCAAACUUGAAGAUAAAUGUAGGUAGAAAGGCCAUAACAAAAAAAAAAAAAACAAGGAUCUCUCCGUGGAUUACUGAAUUUUGUUUAAUUUAUUUUCAGUUGUAUGGAGAUGUAAAACUGUCAAAGAGGACCUUUUUCUCUCUUUUCUCACCGUACACAACAAGAACAUCCUCAUCACCAAUAACUCAGACCUUUGUUGACUUAAAUUCAAUCCUCAACCAGUCAAACAAAACUUCUUUGUUUUGAUCUACACAGCUUGGACCGAUGUAGAAUAGCAAGUCGUCAGCGUAUAAAGAUAGAAUAAAUCAAUACGACAGUUCAACGGCCUUGUCUCGGUCUCAGCAGACCUGACACAUCUGCUCGUGUUUAACCAUCUGCGCACAACCAGAGCCCACAUUUAUCAAGCUGCUCAGUUUGAAUAACUCCUGCUCGCCAACGUCAGUAUAGAAAGAGAGCUCCAAAGGUGUAAAACGUGUUUUUUUUUUUAGAAAUUCUACAAAAUAUCAUCAAGAAGCAUUUUUGUUUUUUUGCCUACUAUUUCCAUUUUAUUCAGACGUGAUAGGAUGUUUCCAUUCAGCCGUUUCAUUCUUAUUUAUAUAUUCAAAAUAUAUUAGAUUGCCAGUAAUUCUACAUGUUUAUUUCUACUUGAAUAUUCUUCAUUACAGUUUUUAGCCUUUUGAUAAUUACGGACCCAGAGCUGAACUUUUUUCUUCAUCCUCAGCGUUUGUCUUUCUGAAGAGAAAAGUGUGGAGACACUUGGAGAAGUGCUAUAAAGGAGGAAAAUGGAUAAAGUGAAGAGACAGCGAGGCAGGGUAAAGCAGGGUUUGAAUAGAGGGAGAUAGAGACAGAGGGGAUGAGGAGCAGGGGUGGGGGGUGGGGGUUUACUGAGGAUAUAUGUGGGUCUGUAUUAGUAUGCUGGCUGUGGCUGCAGCAACAUCGACUGGGCUUAAUGAAGUUACUUCUGUUCACAAAGCUCUAAUAGGGGCUACUCGCCCUCCACAACCCUCGCUUUAAUCCCACUGUCCUCCCUCUGUAUUUUCUCACUGUCCUCUUGUAAUUCUCCCCGUCCAUCUGGCCUCUCAUCUCUCCGCUGGUUCACUCUCUCUGCCUAUCUAAUCUUUUCCCUCCAUCUGUGCUGCUGCUUUCCCUCUGUACUUACCUCAUCUUUCUUUAUGGCUUUUUAGGUUCAAAUACACAAUCUGUAUGUAGGUUGCUAUAGGUCUAACCGGUCUGCGUCAGAAUCCGGCUGCUUUCAUUAUGAUUUAAUAAGUGCUUUUAUUGUUUAAGGAGCUUGUGUCCAGUUUUACAAAAGAAAAUAAAAAAAAAAAAAAAAGUGCCAUAUUUUCUCCUGGUUUUUGGCUCUAAAUCGUCGGCUCUUACUGCUCAUUCGUCGGCACAUUUAAACACACCUUGUUUUGAAAGAAGAAAUUAGUAAAAUUGUGAAAUUCAGAAGUACUGAAUCAAUGAUAGGAUGAAUGCAUUUGUUUGUCAUUUACAUCAAUUCAAGGUUUUUUAACUACAACAGCCUGUUUAAAGACAAGAUUUUUAUACAAAACACAUUUGAUUCUGAUCGCCCGGGUCGUACAUAUGGUCACGUUUCAAUUCUCAAAAACACAAAUUAAUAUUUCAUAGAAGUUUUAUCAGAUUGAUAAAAGCAUUGAGGGAGAAACCGUAUCAAACUAAAUCAGACCCAUGUUUGAUUAUUUUGAUCAUUAUUUGUGCUGCAAGGAAUAACAGCCUUCAAGAAAUAAUUAAAAUCUAAUUAAACUCCAGCGUCCCAUCAUCUGUAGUCUUAAAUCUGCAUCAGUCAGCGUGGAGGACUUUUCUUUUUCUUAGUGAUUCGUACAACAUGAUUGGUCUGGACGUUUGCAGAGUGUUUCUCUGUAACUGUGGGUGUGUGCUUCGUUUUGCACCGAUGCACAAAUUGUGAGUAGUAAUAAAUGUUAAGUAUUAUCACAGAAGAAUGACCAGCUCCUACCUAACUUUUCUUUGGCACCACCAAGAGCAGAGAACAAAAUUUCAGAACGGAGCAGGAUCGCCAUCCGCCCGGCAAAUUAUUCCACCCAGAGUGAAGUGAAGAGUGUAAUUCAAACUGAUUCGACCGAUUUGAAUCAUCUAAUGCGCAACUCAGAUCUUAUGCAGCCGCUUUAUUUGAACACACAAACUUCUCAUUUAAAUGUCAUUAACUUCCUAAUGUGACUCAUGGCGGUUCAUUCGGAGGCCGUUCAGCUCCCCAGAGGCUUUCUGGAGUCCCCCGUCUAUGGCCCGCCACCUCAGGCUGGGAAUCACUGUUGUAGGUCAGCUCGGGACGUUACAACUGAGACACUGUUUGUCCAGACUGUCGACGCGACUCUGGUGUUUAUGAAGCGUUUUUUAAAACCUAGUGGAUGUUGUGAAAAAUGCAUCGUCAUCAUCAGGUGAACAACCUCACCUGUUUUAUCUCGUUUAUAACUAAACUCUCCUUAGAUACAUGCACAUACAUGCACACACAUGCACAGUGUUAAUGCAGUAGGUUGUGGUGCAUCUUUCCACAUCUCAGUACCUCUCCCUCUGCCCUCCCUCCACCCUUCCCUGUUGUUCUCAUUCCCUCAGUUUUGUACCUUAUUCACCAAGCUCUCUGUCCUGCAGUAAUUGAAUGUGUUCUCGCCGCAUAUCCUCGCAAUUACUCGCCACCGUCGUCGAGAGCAAUUCAGUACACGCAGCAUUCAGCACAAAUCGAUGUCGUUCAGUAUCCUGCAGAGCAAUUUUUGACUCGGUGGAAAACAUAUAUUUGUUCCUCGGGGGGUGUACAAUAAACACAGAACAAGACAUUGUGCUCCUUUUUACCUUUACGCCUGUGUUACAGUUUACUGGCUCUCUCUGUUGAUGGGGGGGAGGGGGUCGUGAAAGUCUGUGGAAACAUGAAUGUCAAUCUGAGGGAAAUUGCCUGCUGGAUCAAACUUGUCUUUCUCUUAGUGUUUUCUCGGCUGGAGUGAGAUGGUCUGAGCAGAGCUGCUUGACUCGAGUGAAAACAUGCAAUUUGAUUAAAAUUGAAUUGAGUAAAAUUAAAAGUUUCAAAAGCAAAUAAUCAGCAUUUGUAAUGAAAUACUACAAAUGAUGUAAUUUUACAUUCAUGGGAGGAGAAGCUGGAAGCAACAAAUGUUUGACAUGUUAAUUUUCUGUGAUCAAUUCAUCGACUUAUCAGUUUCAGCUCUCGUCGCACUGACCAUGAACCUUCAGUAUUUCUACAUAAAGGUGGAAAAUCGGACUGUUAAAGCUGCAUUAAAGCUGUUUUUUUAAAUAAUUAUUGAUGAACUGCUUCUUUUAAACGGAUGCCCGUGUUGAACUGUUUAUCUUGAUGUGUUAUGUUUUCAUUUGUCGACCGUCUUCCUUAGUUUCCUGGAGGAAAACAUGUCGCAGGUGAAGCUAACCUGUCUGUUAGCUGAAACUUUGUCAGACAGAAACAUGGAGGGGGGGGGGGGGAGUAGAUAUAACGUGAUGGUGGUGUUGUUGGGGUGGUCGUUGGCCGUGUGGUGUCUCUACUUGACGCUGGUGCACUUUGUAAAUAGUAGCGCUCCAGGCUAGUUUGUGCUGCAGGUUUGUCAUCAGUGGAGUGUUUUGUUACAGCUGUGAUUUAAUGGGAAGGGAGAGUUGUAGCUUUCUCCCUGAUGGGGGCGGGCGGCCGACGGGGGGGCGAUGGCGGGAGGGCGACAACAACAUUUCAUGGAGCUAAUGAGGGGUGUCCAUCCCACUUCAAAAACACCCACACCUAAUAAUAACGUCUCCUGAUUCAUUUCACUCACUCUCAUUGGUGCUCGCUCAUAAUGUAACUGACGGGGGUUGAAGCUGCGGCGGGGAAACAACUGAAGGUUUACGACUGGAGGUCAGUGUCACAUCAGGUGCUUACUGUAGGUCUUAACAGGAGCAGAUGUGCAGGCAGAUUAGCCUCAUUGGGGAUUUAAGUGCCUUGCUCCGGGGCACUUCAGCAGUAGAUGUGAGAUGUUGAGAGAUACUGAUUUUUACAGCGGCGUUCAAGGCGACAACUCUCUCUCUCUCUCUCUCUCUCUCUCUCUCUCUCUCUCUCUCUCUCCGGUUGGUCGCUUGAUUUUUUAUUUUUUUUUGCCGCCCAGUGACGAUGAAUGACUCCUAUUCUCACAUCAUCCCCAUCAGGUUACAGUGUUUAUAUAUAGAAGGACACUCAGCGGAGGGUUUAACAGUUUCAGCAGUGAGUUUACAUGUUGCAGUAAUGUGAGAGAGAUUUUUAACAAGUGGGGGGGGGGGGGGGGGGGGUGAGCAGGUAAAACUUUACUUUCCAUCAUGUUUUACCUGGAAACACAAAAACACCUGUACUUAUAUCCAUUUUAAUAAGACACCGCCCCCCUCCUCUUUUAGAAGAGUCUGUAUAUAUGUGCUGAGAUUUUACAGAAGAAUAGCAGUUUACAAAAGUGCAGUGUAUUUCAGCAGAUGUCUGUUUGUGGAAAAGGAAGAAAGGUACUUGAAGAAAACGUGGUGGUUACAUCGUCGUUUACUCAUAUUACUUAUGGAACACACACAUAAAGACAAAAUAUAUGUAAACAUGAGAUUUUCAGACUGUGCGUGUUGGACGCUUGUCCAUCCACCACGUGGUUUCUGUUUUUGAAAGUUAUUUAUUUAACUCUACUUUUCACAGAGGGCAAAGGGUCCUCUGAACAUUUGCCUCUUUUAUGGCUGUUGUGUGCAGACCUGGGACAAACUGACGCGCCGAGUCAUUUCUGCUGGUGGUGUUGGAUUUAUCUGCCUGCCAAAACACAUUUCACACCACUGACUGUGCAUCCACCACGUGAGCACAACACCCUCAAUUCAAGAGAGGGAGCGAGAGACUUGCAGAUAAGUUCAAUAAACCACAGUUUAAAAAAAUAAAAAUAAAAAUAAAGGAAAAAAAUAAUUCUAUAAGAAACACAGAGGUGUUAAGCUUCACAGUUUCUUCAGUAAAGGAGCAGAGCAGCUGAUCUCUGGUCAGAGCUCGGUGUCUUCUUGUCCCAGGUCUGGUGAUGCUCUGGUGGGUUUGGACAACAGUGAGUUGCCUUUAAAGGUAGACUUAGUUAUCUGAUAAUGCCACUUCCAAACACUUGCCAGCGAUGGGGCGUCUUUGCAUUACAGCAAAUUACAAAAACAUAUUAAUAAUAAAAAAUAAAAAAAAUUUACAAAAAACCAGCAAUCAGUCUUUUAGUUUCUGGAGGGCAGAGCAGAAACUCUGAUGACACUUUAUUUUACAGGUCCUAUAAUUUCUCAGUAAUUUCCUUAAAAAAUGAGCUGAUAUGUAAUUAGAACAAGGUGUUGCUAUGAUACUAAUUAACCUUCUGUUACCAGCUGUGCUGCACUGCCUGUAGUUUACACAGUGCACAGCGGCUCUUUCUGCGUGGCUGUAAAUGAAAGCCGAGCGCACAACUGAACAAAUGUGGAUAAUUACAGUAAUAAAUUUAAAUUUAUCUCAAUUUUGAAUAUACCGGUAACUUCUAUACAGUUUCCUGUUUCAAUGGUUAUGUGUCUCAGGAUUUCUCUAUUCUCCCCACACCAGACUAUAUUCUUCUUUCAAGGAAAUUAUAAAAGAACUAGUUGAAAAUCUUUCCAGUCCGUCUUAAAUCAAUAGUCAGGCGUCCACAUGAAUAUUCAUACAGGUUUUUCUUGCUGCAAUAAUUUCUCCUGUGCAAAACGGACACUGACGUGAGUAAAAACACAGAGUUCAUCUGAAGUUAACGUCUGAGCUACACAAAUCUUCCAAAGUUAAAGUCUUUUAAGUUCAAAAUUCUGUUUCACCGUCCUUAUGUUCUCAGCUGUUUUUAUUCUUUAAUGAACUGGAUCCUGCGUUCCGUCAUAAUCUUGUGGGCCUGUGAUUUAUAACGGGGUGUCGUGCAUCAAAAUCAAAUGUGUGACACUUUAUUAUUUUAAUUUAGAUUCUGUUCACACGGUGUAUUUGUGUCUCAUCAAAUCACAGACAGCCUGGGGGCAGGGAUACGACAACCGUCUGCUUUUCCUAAUGUGUCUGUGCAGAAUGUAAAGAAGCUGCUGUCUGUAGUGAGCUAUGGGCCCAACACUAAAUAUUUUUGAUUAACUGGAACUCAUAUUAACUUCAGAUAAACUUUGGAACAUAUUUUUUAACACAGUACAGAGGCUGGAUAUUCAAAGCGCUCAGUCCACAGAGAAAUGCACACAGCCUGUAUUCAGAAACCGAGCCUUAAAACCAGCCGUCAGGACUUCUGGAACUUUGUGAUGUCACAACAAAGCAGUCAGAGCCUCCUCUCUUCUGAUUGGCUCACCAACCUGUUGUUACUAGAGCUCCAGAGAGAAGCCUGAGAGAGGAGAUGUAAAACUACACUGAGAUGGUUUUUGGUUCCUAAAACCACAAAUAUAUCUUCUUAUGGAUCAACAUUUCAAAAUAAAAAUGCCAGGAAAGUUUUUAUAAACAUGGGACCUUUAAAUAAAUGUGUUUAGGUAAACAUUGCCCUCUGUUUAAUAAAUAAAAAGUCACCUCGCAACCAGAACUGCUUUCAAACCAUCCACAGCUUUGUUCAAAUUUCAACUGUUUCUCAUUUACCAGUGACUCACUGAGCUUAAAACUCAUAUUUGCCCCCCAUAGAUAAAAAUACAUUUCACAAAUUACAUUUUACAGUAUUAAAAAAUAAAAACCCCGUGUCUGACAAACGCUGCUGUGAGUUUGGAGUGUGGCUUCACGUGGCUAAGUCUUCCUUUAACUUGCCUGUUGUUGCCUUUAAUUUCUAUUGUUCUCUUUUCUUAAAAAAAAUAUAUAUAUACGUAGGUGAAUAAAAACAUAUCAGAGGUAGUCUGGGCAGACCUUUUUGAAGUUACAAGAUAUAUUGAAGUUCUUUGGAUAAUAUCACAGCUACUACUACUACGACUACUUGUAGGGAGAUUUUAUCAGAUAUAGCUUUAAGAGAGAUUCAAUUCAGUUAGUUUUUCUUAUGAUGAGAAAAAAAAAGAUGUUUUCUGUAAAUACAUGAUUUUUGUUUUGGUUUUUGGGUUUUUUGACGAAAUGGGUUGAUUAUAAAAUCAAAAUGAAAAAAAUCUGAUCUCGGCUCACUUUACAUGCGAACUGAUGCAACCUUCUGUUUGUUUGUUUUUUAUAGAGACAUCAUGUCAAAUGUCGGAUAUCAAAUAUCAGCUCAUGUAAAUAAAAAGACCAACAAAGGCUUUUUUGAAAAAGUUUUGUAUUUUUGUUUCCCUCUCUCUUAUUUAAGAUGAUCAUCCUUUGCACAUAAUGUUUUUAUGAUGAUGCUUAUAUUGCAUAGGCAUGUUUAAUGACUUGAGAAGAUCGAGUUUUAUUUCUAACGAGAGAAAGUUUUAUUAUUUAAAAUGUUUAAAUGACUGGAACAGAAAGCUUUUGGUUCAUAUUUUUACGUUUUGUUUGGUUUUACUGUCCCAUGCCAAUUAUAAACAAAUAACACAAUGUUCUGUUAACAAUGAAAUGUCAAUAAAAGUGAAAACUUCAUUGUCUAA